AUGAACCUCCAGCCGCCCAUAAAUUUGGGCAAUGAUGAUGAUGAUGAUGAUAAUGGGUUUCCUCAAAAAUCCUCGAAUUUCCAUAACGCCAACGAUCCUUCGUCAUCUCCGUCAUCUUACUGCUCAAGCAACUCGUUCGCCAACCCUGAUCCCCGCCCAACAUCUGCCGUUGAUGAUUUCAUCCACGAUGACCUUCAUGGUUGGAGCCCGGUAUCAUCGAGCGAUGGGUUCGAUACCACCACAAUGGCCACGCCAAAGCGGGAAACAAGCUUCGUCAAUAAUGACAAUUCUCCAUUACAUAUCCAGCUGAAGUCGAAGAAAUUGGUGGCGAGCAAAAGAUCGAGUCGACUGAGAAGCGUUGAUUUGGAAACCGGCUCGACCAAUUCCGAUUCCAAUGUACGGUCCACCAGCAUCACCGCGACAAAGAAGAGGAAAUCAAGGUUCAGUUCUAAGCAAUUCAAAAUAUUCAGAAACUUGUUGCUAUUGGAACAGAAUUUGCGAAUGCAAUAUGCCGAGCAGCAGUCAUUGCGAACCAAGUUUUUAUUAUUCUAUUUCACGAUGAUUGUAUCCAGUAUGAUGAUUUUCCUUAAAUUGUAUUUUACUUCUUCUUCCUCAACAACGUCUAAUAACGAAAGUGAAAUCAUUGCGUUUGAAGAUAAAAACUCCCUGUGGAAUUUGUUUUUGAAGUUCUUUUUAGUGUUCCAGGUCAUCACUUUGACGCUAUUUCAUAUUAGUGGUGAAUAUAAACGAACGAUCGUCAUGCCAAGACGGUUCUUAUAUUUGACCAACAAAUCACUAAGGCAGUUGAAUUUGCGGUUGAUCAGAUUACCUAAAUCAUUGAUUGACCAAUUCUUGGAUAUUUGCAAGUUUUUCUUGAAAGUCAUUGUGUGGUUAUCUAUCCUGUUCAUUGAGGAUUUCAUGCCAUUGAAGAAAGUGUUAAUAAACCGGAAUCUUUGCUACGUGAGGGAUUUUUUGCAAUUCCUUAAGAUUUUGAAACUUCGAUUAGUAUUGAUCCACUUGAGCUCUAAUUACGACCAAAUCAAUUUGAACAGUACGUUUAAUAUCAAAUUGAGUCUCAACUCCAGAGUGUUCACGCCAAACAUUCGCGAAAGCUGGGAAUUGUUUAGAAAUGAGUUUUGGUUGAGAGAGUUCAAUAGAAGAACCAAAUUGAUCUAUUCGAUCAACUAUGAUACCGAUAUCGUGGCGAUCGAAGAAAUGGUUCUUAGAAACGAAGUAGUUAAUAAGAAAACUGGGAAUUCUGUGUCUAAAAUCGGUACCCCUCGCCUCGGAUCACAUUCGAUGUCGCCUACGAGAACCCCUAGAUCAAAAUCAAAGAAAUUACACAUGAGUGCUUCUCCAGGCUUGAACUCACUACCAACCCCACGGUCCCAGACUUAUACUCCUUUGACCACACAAAUGCUCAAGUCUUUUGAAGCACAACAACAACAACCAGAGCCAAAUGAUUCUAAAGUCACCACUUCUCCUGUUUUGUCGUCAAAUUCCGCGAUCAUGAACAAAACCGAAUUACUUAAAAAAGAUCGUGAUGACCGUAGGGUUAGAAGAAAGUCUCAGAUCAAUUUGUCGAUUCCCGAAUUGAAUUUAUCUAAACCAAUAGACUAUGAUUCAUCCGAGGUACUUGACGAAUUUAUUCAAGAUGAUGAAGAGAGAAUGAACACUUUUGAUGGUGAGGAUAUCAACCGUUUACAAGAGAAGCUUCAGAAGAGAACACCUAGUUCGGCAAAUAGAAGGAGAUAUUCGUGA